UCGAUCGCCAAUCCGAUAAAAGCCUCCGCGAAUGGAAAGUGGAGCGAGAAGGAGAGAAAAUAGUCGCCACCCGCUCUUGAAAUUCACCUCUCCCCCUCGAUCUUCUCGCCGAUAAUCUCUGUUGCGGUGCUCAAUCGAAACCCUAGCUUCCUCGCCCUGACGCAAUCCCCGAGCUCGCCGAUAACCUCUGGUCUUCAGGUUUAUUUUGGAAAUGGCAAAGGGUACCAGGGGAAGACGCCGUGUUGCCUCACGACAGUGUAGGUCAACUCCAUAUCCAUUGCCAUCGUGCAAUCUGGAGGUAUCAGAGGACUUGAACCUGAAGAAAUGCUCAAAAAUCUUGGAGAAGAAAGACUGGGAAAAUGCGACCUGUUCCGUAUGCAUGGAGCAUCCUCAUAAUGCUGUUCUUCUCCUAUGUUCCUCUCAUGACAAGGGUUGUUGCCCCUACAUGUGUGGCACUAGCUCCCGAUAUUCUAACUGCCUAGAUCAGUACAGGAAAGCCUACACUAAAGUGAUGUCAGCCGCCCACCACGAUCAACCCUCCCAUGCCUCGGUUGAUAAUUCUUUUGGCGGUUCAGUUUCCAGUUGGCCUGUUGAGAAUUGUGAAGCAACAGAGCUUGCAUGCCCUCUUUGCCGAGGACAGGUGAAGGGAUGGACUGUCGUUGAACCUGCAAGGGAGUAUCUAAAUGCUAAGAAGAGAAGCUGCAUGCAGAAUGAUUGCUCAUUCGUUGGAACCUACAAAGAGUUACGAAAACAUGUGAGGUCAGAGCACCCUUCUGCCCGACCUCGGGAAGUGGAUCCUGCUCUAGAGCAAAAAUGGAGGCGGCUUGAGCGGGAGCGAGAACGGGAAGACGUGAUCAGCACGAUAAGGUCAUCAAUGCCCGGGGCUAUGGUUUUUGGGGAUUACGUGAUAGAAGGAAGUCAUUAUGGUUUUGAUACAGAUGAAGAAGAUGACGAAGUUUUCAAUACGGAUUUUGGGGAGAGGAACGCGGGCUUUCAACUGGGAAUUGAUAGCAAUUUGGUGAAUGUGUUUCUGCUGUUGCAUGCGUUUGGGCCAGGUGGGAACCCUGGCCAAGAGAGGGUGGCAAGACGACGUGAAAGGGAUUUGGACCGUGGGUUAGAAGGAGACGGCGUUGGACUCCGACAUACCUCACCUGUUCGUGGUUUUGAUUCCUCUGGCCGAGACAGUGACAGCAAUGACGACGGCGAUGACGAUGUUGGUGGUGAUAAUAAUCAUGUUGGCAUGUCACUUGUUCAUCGUCUUCGGCGGCAGGGCAGAGUUCUGUUGGGUCGGUCUGGAAGAAGACGAAGGCGUAGAGAAGCUGGAGGAGGCCAGAGAUGAUGAUUACAGAAACUGUGAUGAAAAGAAAAAAGAAAAAAAAAAAAAAAAGAAGUCCUUUUGGUAGGAAAAGCAUAAGAUUAUUGGACCUCCCUUUGCCUUGAGAAUUGGGAGGCAACAUAUUUGCUUUGGAUUGUGUUUUUAAAUGGGAUGUGAAAAUGAAAGGUGGAAGAAGCUUGUUUCCCACCUGUUGUUCCCUGCCGUGCCCUGUCCUGCCCUGCCUUGAAUCUUUUAACUGUUAGUACUGUAAACAUUAAUUGUAAUUCUGCAUAUUUUAUGUUAUUGUUUCUUUCAUGCUCUUAA